GAAAUGAUAUCUACUAAAUUUCUAACUUGCAAUUGUUGUUGUCAAAAAUCUUCUAAUAAACAGAAAAGAUCUAUGACAACCAAUGAUACUCUAUUUAAUGAUGAGUUAGAAAUUAUUGAAUUAGAUUUUUUAAGUGAAAGUGUUGCAGAGAUUUUAGAAAAUGCACUAUCAAAUUUGGAUUUUCAUUUCCAUUGUGGAAUAAAUAUUAGAAAUUAUAAUGGUUCAAAUAAAGAUCUAGAAAGUGAAAUUG